AUGCAGCCGUCUGACGCUGUGACUCUGUCACACUUGCCUUUACCGCUCGUGUAGUCCUCAAAAUUAUGACGGCGAGAGGAACAGGGAAAAGCGGCACAAUGCUGUGAUCGGAACGUAUCAUUCUGCUCACGCAGAAUCCGGCAAUGAGUUCUCAUUUGAGCUUUCUUCAAAGCGUUAUCUCCGCCAGUGCGUGACUGAGCUCUCACGUGAUAUCGAUAUAGAUGAAAGCAUGACGAGCCUAUCUUGCCUCAAGACUCUGAAAGUAACCUCGUCAGCUACUGCAGCGACAAUAACGAAGAGAUGGACGGACCAAGCAGACAGAACGUGAGGGGGACGUCUUCCGCUCGUGUUACGGUUAUCACGUUCGCACAGCUUGGUCUCAACUCUCUUCCUGGGGGCCAGGAGGAGGAGGAGAAGCCGACGUUUCUGCCAGUAGACAGCCGAGAGGCUCGGCUUGCGCAUGACAGCUGCUACAAUCCUGAAUGUUCCAUGUCCCGAAGGGAAACGAAGAUGUUCAACUGUGCAGGGUGUGGGGUGAUUUUGUACUGCAGCCGUGCAUGCCAGCGAGCGCAUUGGCCCGCGCACCGAGCGCAGUGCAAGUGCAUCCAGUCAGAGCGCGCUACUAUCCUAAGGGGGGAUGCCGAAGCCAGACGGAGGGCCUCUUCCGUCGGCCGCCCCGUACUUCUCCCAAGCCAAGUCACCGAAGAGUAUCGCGACUUCAUCAAACAUUUCAAGCCGCACAUCUUGUUAGCGUCGGUCGAGAUGUAUCGUGCGGGACCAAAUGACCCGAGGAUUGUAGGGUGGGAAGAGGAUGCUAUCCUCUUCUGUUUUCGCAGGCGCAAAGAGUUCCCACCGAACGCUCCUUCGUGGUCGCGGUUCUACCUCGACCGGGGGCACCGCGUGGACCUUCAAAUACUCGAGUCCGUCGUCGAAGAGCUCCCGGAAUCUGAGAAUUUCCUUGCCGAGAAACCGGUUUGGCUCGCUGAAGCGAGGCGUCGAGGGCGAGGGCAUGGCUGUAUUGUAACAUGGACCGUCUGCGGGAGCGAAGUAGGCGCUAUACAAGGGCCGUAUCCUCAGAUGUUUUCGCCUUGCACCGCUGCCUCCGAGCGGUUGCUCGGUGUCAACCCUAUUACAUGGCUGGAGACAGCGGUUGAAAAGUUGUCGACAGAGGCAUGGAAAUAGACUGUCGCGAUUUUUGCUAUGUGUAUCAUGUUGUGUAUCGUAGUUUUUGUACGUGGUAGUUACAGCACGCAAAUCAAGCUUCAGCUGUUCGUUCUUACGUCAUAGAU